AUGAGUACAGCCAACAAUACACCAAUAGCAAAAGUGGAAUACACCAAGGAGAAGAAGGUUGGUGAAGGUACAUAUGCUGUUGUGUAUUUAGGAACCAAACAAUCCACAGGCCGUCAAAUUGCAGUGAAAGAGAUCAAGACAUCUGAAUUCAAAGAUGGAUUAGAUAUGUCAGCUAUUCGAGAAGUCAAAUAUUUACAAGAGAUGCAACAUGAUAAUGUCAUUGAACUUAUCGAUAUAUUUAUGGCGUAUGAUAAUUUGAAUCUUGUCUUGGAGUUUUUACCUACAGAUUUAGAAGUCAUCAUUAAAGAUAAAUCUAUACUUUUCACUCCAGCAGAUAUUAAAUCAUGGAUGUUGAUGACUCUAAGGGGUGUUCAUCAUUGUCAUCGUAAUUUCAUUCUUCAUAGAGAUUUGAAACCAAAUAAUUUAUUAGUUUCACCAGAUGGAAUAAUCAAAGUAGCGGAUUUUGGGUUGGCACGAGCCAUUCCAGCACCACAUGAGAAUUUGACAAGUAAUGUGGUGACCCGUUGGUAUAGAGCACCUGAAUUAUUAUUUGGAGCUCGACAUUAUACCUCUGCUAUUGAUAUAUGGUCAGUGGGUGUAAUAUUUGCAGAAUUGAUGCUAAGAAUACCAUAUCUACCGGGCCAAAACGAUGUUGAUCAAAUGGAGGUUACGUUUAGAGCCCUGGGGACACCAACGGAUAAAGAUUGGCCCGAAGUCUCUAGUUUCAAUAGUUAUAAUAAAUUACAAAUAUAUCCACCACCAUCUACGUUUGAAUUAAGGAAAAGAUUCAUUGCUGCGAGUGAGAAUGCAUUGAAAUUUAUGAGUGGGAUGUUAACUAUGAACCCAGUAAAGAGAUGGAGUGCUAUUGAAUGUUUAGAAUCUGAAUAUUUCCAAGAAAUGCCACCUCCUACGAAUCCAUCUGAAAUUCCUUUGCCGAAGUAG